UACCAGCAAAUUCCAGGGAGCAGGCGCUAGUGAGGUCGGCUUUCGCGUCUUUCCACUCGAAAAACGUCGACUGAUUCCUGAAAAUAGGACUGUGAAACGAACAAGCGCACUUGAGAGUCCUAUAGUCGCGUUAACAGUGGUGGUCGUGUUUAGAGUUGAAGUCAUUAAAGUCGCUGCAGCAUUAUGGCGAACAUACGCGCCUUCCAACAAUUAUGGUCAACUUCCAAACCUUCAUAAAACCGCUAUCACGGAUCUGCAAUGGUCAUCAAUCUCGCCCAUCUUAUACACAGUCUCAGCGGACAAGACUAUCGCAAUGUCCGACUUAACAACAGGAGAACGUGUGAAAAGACUACGAGGGCAUUCUGGGAUCAUCAAUGCAAUCUCAACAACCACCGCUGGAGGUAGCGGCAUCGAGCUUCUCGCAACUGCUGCAGACGAUGGGACUGUGAAAGUUUGGGAAGGAGGGGAUGAAGGAUCAAAACAUUGUGUUGCCGACUGGCAACUCGGAUGUCCCGUUACCGCAGUGUGCUGGGGACCUGAUGGAAAUUCGGUCUAUAUUGGAGCAUUGGACAAUCUCAUUCAUGUAUAUGAUUUACGGAAGGGUGAAGAAGUCACCAUCCUGGGUGGGCAUACUGAUACCCCGACAUCAAUCGCUCUGUCUCCCGAUGGUGGGUACCUCUUGACUUCCACACUCUCUGUUAAUGAGCAAAUCAGGGUCAUAUAUCAUGUCACCAUCUCUCUCUUCACAAACAAUUAUUCACGACAUUCGACCUUUCAGCCCAUCACCAACCAGAAUACAUCGCACACUCUUAGGUAUGCCAUUUCACUAGAUUUAGAAAGCAAGAGCUUCACGUCUAUCACAGGAGCACCAGCUGGCUUUGAAAACGCAUUAAUUCGUGGCGCAUGGUCCCGAACUGAUAAUGGUAGCCGAGUAGCUGUUGGUGGAGCAGACCGUACCGUUACCAUCUGGGACGUAGAGACAACAAAAAUACAAUACAAGCUCCCCGGUCAUAAGGGAACAUCCUCACCGGUAGCAAAGACUCCACGCUUUUACUGGGAGAACUUGAAGAGACUUCCUAGCUCAUAUACUAACAUCAUGAAUAGUACAGGAGUCUUGAUUCAACGACCGACGGUCACAUCACACAUGGCAUCUAAACUCCUACCACAUUCCAAGCUAGCGUUCCGACCAUGUCAAACCUCUGGAGUCCAGAGAGCUCUGCUUGGAAACUCCUCUAAUUUGGUUCGCAUGUCGCACCUUCCAAGGCAGAGAAUACACCGGUCACCUAUUACUCCUGUUCAACAGCGUUGGGUGAAUACGGGAGGCCUUACCAACCUAUUCGAUACCUCCACAGUCGGAGGAAUUCAAGUUAGAAAUAUAUCGGAGAUAGGAGGAAUUGAACUUGAGGACGGCCUUACGCUUCGCUCAAGCUGUAUUCUGACCCGUGGAAAAGUAUUCCUCUGGAAAACACCGGGCACUCCAUGGAACGGAUGGUCUGCUGCCGAUUUUGAGCUAUUUGAAGUUCUCGUUCCGAAGCCUGAAAUUCUCCUCAUUGGGACGGGCAAAAGUCUUUUGCAACCUCCUCCAUCCAUAAGGCAGUAUCUACACCAAAUUGGAGUGCAGUUUGAGAUCAUGGACACGGUAAGGAUUCGUUGCUAUUGGAUGCACGCCUUGAUCAUCCUCUAUUUACUAACAAACUCUCGAUACAGAGAAACGCCGGUUCGACCUUUAACCUUCUAUCAGAGGAGGGAAGACAAGUCGCCGCUGCUCUAUUACCCUUUUCUUCUAACACCUGGACGUGACACGGUCGAUUGGUUUCUAUUACCGAAAAGGCCGCAGGAACAGCACAGAGGAGUCCAAUCAAGUGAUUCAGAGGUCGAUCUGGAGAAUGACGAUGACCAAAUCCGAAACUAUGCACCUACGUCCCCUGCGCAAUGGUCUCAUCAUCGCCAUUCAGUAAACUCUACCGUCGAAGGUCACAUUCAAGCAGAAAGAGGGAGUUUGCAACGGCGUGGAACACAAGCAGCACGCCGCUCACCAAUCGACAGUUUACCCCUCGAGAUGCUAAUACACAUUUUUAGACAGCUUACAGAAACCUCUCAUCUCUACAACUGUCUUUUCGUGUCUAGCACCUGGUGUCAGUGCGUCGUAGAGCUACUUUGGCUAAAACCGCAUUUGGCGAGUUUGGAUUCGCUUCUUGCCUUUUUGCGAAUAAUCCAGCCAGGUUUCAACCCCAAUGCCCCGGAAAGUAAUGGAGAAAUAACUUUUGACUCAAGGGAAGUUCUUGUAAACGGAAGAUGGCAAAGUCGCGAGAGUGUCGGUAAAGAAACCCAGAAGACUGAAGACCCGCAAGGGAAAAGUGAGGCGACAGCGCAAAUAGAGCCUUACUUCCCAUAUGCACGCUUCGUCAGACGACUCAAUCUCUCUGGUGUCGCUGAUGACAUACAAGAUAUAUAUUUCCGCUGCUUGACGGCGUGCACACGCCUCGAGCGGCUGACUCUCAAUGGGUGCAUCCAUCUUACCGACAACUCGCUCUCGAUCCUCGGCAACAUGCCCAACCUAGUUGCAUUGGAUCUUACAGGCGUCGUCGACGUUACCGACGCCACCAUUGUAUCGGUGGCUAACGUCUGUAACAAAAUCCAAGGGAUCAACCUUGAAGGUUGCAAGAAAGUCACAGACAUAGGUCUACUGGCUAUUGCAGAAAACUGUCCACUCCUCCGCCGCAUCAAGCUUUGUGAACUAGACCGGAUCACUGGAAACAGCGUGUCCAAGCUAGUCCACCAAUGCCCUUUACUCAUCGAGAUCGACCUGAAUGGUUGCAUACAAAUCGAUGAAGGGGCAGUGAGGGACAUAUGGACACACUGUAGCCAUCUCCGCGAGCUGAGGCUAGCUCAAUGUUCAAAUAUUGGGGAUUUCGCUUUCCCUGCCGCUCCCCGUUUGGCAAAGCCCGCUUCUACUGGAAACACCGGAAAUGGACCAUCGAAUACAACCCCAAUCGUCUUACCCCUACUUCCUCCCCUCUUAUUGUCACGGCCACUUGGCCACCUGCGUCAGCUGGAUCUCAUGUCUGUCCAUAUUACUGAUGAGGCGGUCAGCGGGAUUAUCGCCAACGCUCCAAGGCUGCGAAACCUUGUGCUUGCCAAGUGUUCCAAUUUGACUGAUACGGCAGUACGAAGUAUAAGCGAGUUAGGAAGACACCUACAGUUUUUGCAUCUUGGACAUGCAGCCGCUAUAACUGAUAGUUGCAUCUCUUUGACAGACGAUUCUGUCAAAGCGCUUGCAGCACUUCCAAAGUUACGACGUAUCGGCCUUGUCAGAGUACCAAAUCUAACGGAUGAUGCCGUUCGCUAUCUUACAGCAAGAGGGAGCACAUUGGAACGAGUCCAUUUAUCCUACUGCGAAAGGAUCACUGUCAGGGCAAUAUAUGUACUCUUAAAGCGCCUCACAAAACUGACUCACUUGAGUCUAACUGGUGUCCCUGCCUUCAGACGGUCUGAAUUGCAACAGUUUUGUCGACCUCCACCGUCGAACUUUAAUGAUACUCAAAGAGCAGCCUUUUGUGUUUACUCCGGACCUGGGAUCCACCAUCUUCGGAAAUAUCUGGAAAAGAUUGCUCAUAGUGUACAGAGGGAAGGUCAACCAGAAGAAGACGAUGGCGGAGGUGUAUUCAGUUCAUUGGCAGAUAACCUAGUUUAUGAAACGGAUGAAGAUGUGCAAGAGCUGGAUGAACACGACUUUUUAAGCAAUAUGCCACACCUCGGGCCGAAUCGAAACCAUCAAGCUCAAUCAGACGGCAUAGAUCGCAAUCCUAGUAUGUCGCAAUACCAAUCCGGGACCACACGACUCCCUUCCUCUGUAGGAAAUACAUCCUCUUCGACUUACGAACAAUCUCACACGAGUACUGGAUCACCUCUUCAU